AUGCGACACCAGAUCGACGACACAAAACGAUCUUUUAUGAAACUGCCGUUCGAUCGACUAGCUAGAGUGAUGAAUCUGGAAGAACCCAGCUUCGGUGAUAACUACAUACAGGAGUUUGUCCUGGAGCAUCUGGACCAUGAUACGGGCCCGAAUGUGAAGCGCGAGGACACGAGCCCAACCGUCCUCGGCAAUGGGGCUGGGUCGAAGCAUCUCUGGAACGGCACCACGAUGGAUGAGAACGGUGGCAUCGUGCCGAUAAGGUUGAAAGCGGUCAGCAACGGCGUGGUGACGGCGGGCGUCGGCACCGGAUGGCACCUGGAGGACGCUCGCAAGAUACACGCUUGUUCGCCCGGUCCAGGCGACCUGUUCACACACGUCGGAGCGCCAACGCAUGGCCAACCGAUGCUGUUCAAUCCGCCGCUCAGUGGCGUUCCUUCGACACCGCCGGAAACUCCGCCAGUUAUUGGAUCUCCAAAUUCUUCGGGCGGUGCCGGCGGUGUCAACGGUGUGGUGGCCAGCGGCGGAGGGUAUGUUGGUGGUGCGUACUAUGGCACACGGUCGCAGACAGGGCUGGUGGAGGAAAUGAUGUUCCUGCCGCAGACAAUGCGCGGCGAGCAACCGCUCGAUCUUCGGCCAUUGCAUUGCUCCAUCGGUCCGGAAGGCGAUUGGAUCGAUCGUAAGGAGUACGCCAGCGUGCUGGCGGUCUCCAAUGGGCAAAAUGGGCCGAACGGUAUGCUUGGAGCGGGUGGAGGUGGCGGUGCAACCGGACCCAACGGAGGUGUUGGCCCUGUGGGUAACAACGGUGUGAGUGGGGGAGGUGGAGUUGGAGGAGGAUUCCAGCAUCAUCAUCACCAUAUCACGGCGCAGCUGGAAUUCGGACCGCUCAACAUGCACAACGUUUCGCAUCAACAUCCGCACCACCAUCACUCCCAUCAUCACCAUGGCCUGCACACGAACCGACCGCACUCGGUCAGCUCCACCAGCUCCACCAUUUCGCCCCGCAACGGUACCAGCAGCAGUGGUGGAGGAAGCUGCUACAACGGCCUGGGAGGAUCGGGAUCCGGCAACGGACUCUCAUCCGAGGACAUCAUCAACGAUGAGCUGCUGAUGACGCUCUCGGUGCGCGAGCUGAACAAGCGGCUGCACGGCUGUCCUCGGGAUCAGGUGGUGCGGCUGAAGCAGAAGCGACGCACACUGAAGAACCGCGGGUACGCGCAGAACUGUCGCUCGAAGCGCCUCCAGCAGCGCCACGAUCUCGAGAUCACGAACCGACAUCUGCACCACGAGAUGCAACAGAUGAAGGUGGAACUGGCGAAGAUUAAGCAGGAACGGGACGAGCUCAUCCAGACGCUGCAAAUGCACCAGCGCGAUCAAUCAGCACAGCAGACGGCCAAUGUGCUGCAGCAGCAGCAUCAACAUCAGCAACAGGCGCACCACAAGCAGCAACACCAGCAGCAACAGCAGCAGCAGCAACACCAACAGCAACACCAACAUCAGCAACAACACCAGCAACAGCAGCAUCAGCACUAUCAGCAGCAACAAUCUCGGCAGCAGCAACAGCACCAUCUGCAUCAUCAACAGCAGCAGCACCUGGGAUCAGCGCAACACAACGGUUCCUGCGGCGGAAGUGCUGGCAGUGGCAGUGGUGCAGGCGCCGGCAAUGGUAGUGGCGGAGGUGGUGGACCUGGUGCUGGUGCUGCGGGUGGCAGUGGGGGUGCGGUUGGUGCAGGGUUAGUUUCCUCGGUGAAGCAGCUGAUCGCGGAGAGUGUCACGUCACAGGAAUACUACGUAUGA